AUGGUCAAGCUAUAUAUAAACGGCGUUUGGAGAAAGGUUAUCAUAGAUGACUACCUCCCAGUUGGUGAUAAUAUGGAGCUUCUAUGCUCGUACAGCCAAGAGAAGGGAGAGCUUUGGGUUUCUUUGCUUGAAAAAGCGUAUCUCAAGGUUAUGGGUGGUUACGAUUUCCCUGGAUCAAACUCGAAUAUCGAUCUUCACGCACUGACGGGUUGGAUUCCGGAUCGCAUAGCCAUCAAGAAAGAUCUAACGUUGCGUGAUGGAUACCAAAUCUUUGAAAAGCUUCUGUCUCGUUUUCAUCGUGGAGACUGCUUGAUAACGCUAGCGACUGGAAAGCUGAGCGAAAGUGUGUGCGAUAGAGCAGGCCUUGUUGAAUGCCACGCCUACGCCGUUUUGGAUCUGAGGAAGAUCGAUGUGAGUCUGAUGUCGCUAUCACUUUAUCUAGUCGCUGUCAAAGAUUAA